UGCCGUGCCGUACAGUUACAUUAUUUUUCAACUUUGAGUUACACACACGUUAGAAAUAAUGGAAUUAUUGACUAAUGUAGAAAUCGCUUCAAUAGCUAAACAAUGUGGAUAUCGUUCAGUUAUCGAUUGGUCGCUUGAAGAUCUCUCGGACAAAGUCAUUGGAUAUCUUGGAGACCAUUUAAAACUCAAUAUUGUAGUCCUGUUUGAAGGAAAUCAGUUGGAUCUUAAAUUAUUUGUGAAAUGCAUGCCGAGAUUCGAUAAAUGGAAAGCCGAAUAUCUUAAAGAAUUAAGUUUUUUCAAGAAAGAAUUCGUCAUGUUGAGCGAACUUUUCAAGGAAUUUCCUGAUAAAAUGGGCUUGCGAGAGUGGCGACCGAAGUUAUAUUUUAUUCGAAAUGACCUAUUCGUGUUCGAAGACGUAACUCAACAAGGCUAUAAAAUGCCUAACCAUCUAGAACCGAUGGACUUGGACGAUAUUAUAACAACAGUCAAAACUAUAGCUAGAUUUCAUUCAGAAUCUAUUCUCUUUGAAGAGAGGAAAAGUAAAAGCCUUGGAAGAUCGUAUUCGAUUUGGGAAGACUACAAGGACUAUCUUCAAGAACCAGAUAAAGGAAAAAGCUGGCGUGAUACAGGACGAAAUGCUGUAAUUGACUUUCUUAAAGAGUAUUCAAGUUUUAAAACCUUCUCCGAUUUUAUACAAAGAAUAGAAACAGUUAUUCCUAAAUUAUUCGACGAUGCAAUAACCCUAAUGGCUCCGAAGCCUGAAGAAAGAAAUGUCAUAGUCCAUAGAGAUCUCUGGACCAACAAUAUAUUAAUCAAGAGGGAAUACCUUGGGAGUUCCCAUGCUGUAAUAGUUGAUUUCCAAACAGUGUUAUACUGUUGCCCGAUGCUAGAUUUAUCCUCAUUGAUAUAUUUUAAUACUACGAAAUUAUUCAGAAAAAAAUAUACUCAGGAGAUAAUUAAUAUUUAUUAUGAAACUUUGUCGGAAGAGUUAAAAUUUGCAGACCUCGAUAUAAAUACUUUUAUUGAUAAAACAGGACUUAAUCUUCUGUAUGAAAAAAGUAUUGUAUUUGGUAUUACACAAGCAGCCUUGAUAGUGCCAAUAGCAACGAUGCCCCCCGAAAAAAAAGAAGAAAUAUAUUGUAACCCCGAAACUUCUGCGAAAGCUAAUGUUGUGUCGAGAAGCGAAGAAUUUAUAGAAAUAGCCAGAGAAAAUAAAAAAUACCAUGAUAGAGUUCUCGAAUUAUUUGAUGAAAUUAUAGAAAGAUACAUCUACUCGAGUUAAUACUCGAAUCAAGCAUGAAAUCGCCGAUUUGCGAAUCGCCAACACUAUUAAAAAUAUUUUAUCUAUGUUUGUACCUGUGAUUUGUACCUAUAGACAAUUCUUAUAUAUAUUAAUUUAGUUUAUAAAGAACUUUGAUGUUAUUUCAAUUCUAAUUAUAAAGACUGGAAAAAU